CGGUCUGAAAAGCCCCGCCUCCACCCCAGAAGCGCUCUGUACCCGGACCUGAGCUGCCACAACAACCACAUGGCCAAGGUGCUGACACCCGAGCUGUAUGCCGACCUGCAGGCCAAGAGCACCUCGAGCGGCUUCACGCUCGACGACGUCAUCCAGACCGGCGUGGACAACCCCGGCCAUCCGUUCAUCAUGACCGUGGGCUGCGUGGCGGGCGACGAGGAAUCUUACGAGGUGUUCAAGGACCUGAUGGACCCAAUCAUCGAGGACCGUCACGGCGGCUACAAGCCCACCGACGAGCACAAGACUGACCUGAACCCCGACAACCUGCAGGGCGGCGACGACCUGGACCCCAACUACGUGCUGAGCUCCCGGGUGCGCACGGGCCGCAGCAUCCGCGGCUUCUGCCUGCCCCCCCACUGCAGCCGCGGGGAGCGCCGCGCCAUCGAGAAGCUGGCGGUGGAAGCCCUGGCCAGCCUGGACGGCGACCUGGCGGGCCGCUACUACGAGCUCAAGAGCAUGACCGAGGCGGAGCAGCAGCAGCUCAUCGACGACCACUUCCUCUUCGACAAGCCAGUGUCACCACUGCUGUUGGCCUCCGGCAUGGCCCGCGACUGGCCGGACGCCCGCGGCAUCUGGCACAAUGACAACAAGACCUUCCUGGUCUGGGUCAAUGAGGAGGACCACCUGAGGGUCAUCUCCAUGCAGAAGGGAGGCAACAUGAAGGAGGUGUUCACCCGCUUCUGCACUGGCCUCACCCAGAUUGAAACACUUUUCAAGGCUAAGAACUACGAGUUCAUGUGGAACCCUCACCUGAGCUACAUCCUCACCUGCCCCUCCAACCUCGGCACGGGGCUGCGGGCAGGUGUGCACAUCAAGCUGCCCCAUCUGGGCCAGCACGAGAAGUUCUCGGAGGUGCUCAAAAGGCUACGGCUGCAGAAGCGGGGCACAGGUGGAGUGGACACAGCUGCCGUGGGCGGGGUCUUCGAUGUCUCCAACUCUGACCGCCUGGGCUUCUCGGAGGUGGAGCUGGUACAGAUGGUGGUGGACGGAGUGAAGCUGCUCAUUGACAUGGAGCAGCGGCUGGAGCAGGGCCAGCCCAUUGAUGACCUGAUGCCUGCGCAGAAGUGA